GUUCACAUUUCCUUCUCAUGAUUGUUUUGGGGAGGCAUGUUAAAGGAAAUGGACAUCACCUUCUGAACAUGCUGAUACAAUAGCAUGUAUUACAUGCAGGGAAACAGCUACAACUCAAAUUACCACCAUGGAAAGUAGCAUCAAGCCAAAAACUAAGUUGGAUCAUGUUGAUCAAGCAUCUACCUGUGUUGUAUACAAGGGCAAGGAUACUGAUAUAAAAAAGCAAAUCUACAAUGGUACUCAACAGUUGCUAGAUUUGGGUCCAAGCUCUACCAAAGCUGGUGUUGAUGUAAUCGAGCAAUUCAGGAAGGAUAUUCAGGAUGAUCAUCUUACUGAGGUUUUUAUAAGCAAAAACGACAAAAUAAAUAAUUCGAAAACUAACUCAUUUUGUGAAGAUAGAGGCUCUAACAGCACUGAUGACCAAAAGGCUGAUGUUAGUUUGAAACGAAUAACUAGUAAAGAUAAUCAGUCGAAAACUGGCCUAGAUCAUGAAGACCAAUGCUCUACCAGGACGGUUGACCAAAAGGCUGAUAAUUUAAAAGUUAUUACCAGCAAGGAUACUCAGGAGUCGAAAAGCUACUCAGAUCGGGAUGAUCAAAGCUAUGCCAGCACAAGUGAUAAAAAGGCUCAUCAAUUAAAUAGAACAACCAGCAAAGAUAGACAGUCGGAAGCAGAUUCAGAUUGUGAUGAUCAAAGCUCAACCAGUGAAGGAGAUAAAAAGGUUGAUGAUGAUUUAAUAAGGACAACCAGCAGGGUUACAAAGUCGGAAGCUGACUCAGUUCAUGAUAAUCAAAGCACUUCUAGUGGAGAUGAUAAAAAGGCUGAUGAUGAUUUAAAAGGGACAAUCAGAAAAAGUACUCAGUCAGACACAGACUCAUGCUCUACCAGUUCAGCUUUAAUAGCAAUUAGCAAGGAUAGUCAGUCAUCUGACUCAUCUCAGAAUGAUGAAAGCUCUUCCAGUAUAGAAAAUCAAAAGGCUGAUGAUGAUUUAAAAGGGUCAACCAUGGAAACUCAGUCAAAAAGCAAUGAGGCUCUUGAUGUUCAACGUUCAGCUCGCAUGGUGGACAAAAAGGCUGAUGAUUUAACAAUGGAAAACACUGAUUUAAAUCAAGAUGUCCAAGGCUCAGCCGGUAUAGUUGACAAAAACUCGGAUUUGACAAAGCCAGCCAGCACUGUUAAGUUAAAGAUAAAAACUGUCUCAGACUAUAAUGAUCAAGCGUCUACCAGUAUGUCUCAAAAAAAGGCUGAUGAUUUCAUAAAUUCCACCAUUAAACAUAGUCAGCAGCGUGCUGAAAAAGAUGAAGUUUAUGAAAUAAAUUUUGGCCUAUGUCCUUAUCCUUCACCCAUGCUAUCAGUGCCUAUCAAUUCCAGGGGAUCCUUUAAAGGAGAGAAAAACGAUUCAAUAUUUGCUCAGCCUGUUACACCUAUAAAUUAUAAUAAUGAAAUACCUAACAAUGUUGUAAAUCAACAAUCAAAUUCUAAAAAUGUUCCUAAUAAUAUGUGUUCGAUUGAGAAGGAACAAGAAAAACACAGUGAUGGAUUUCUGGAACGAAUAAAAAAAAAGCGAGAGUUUAUCAGGCAUUCCUUAUUUGAUGAAAGUGACGACACCAAAGAAAUGAUGUUAAAAGUGAGCACAAGUAAAACCACAGGAAAGAAAGAUGGCAUAGAAGUUAUAUAUGGGCAAGACUCCACCAGAAAUGAGGCGUGCUGUGGAAAUUGUGGUCAAACUCACAAUAGCAUACAGCCUUCACGAGAAAUAUUAAAGCGCAUGAUGCGAGAUCAUAACUUAAAUUUCAAGAUACCUCUUGUUUUCAACAUGUUGGAUCACACCGAUUCACUCGGUGAAAUCAAUCCGGACACAAAUUGUUGUACCUUCCCUGGGAAAAACGUUAAAGCUGAAGAACUUCUGGUCUACAUGAAAUUAAAAAGCGAGGUGUUGAAAGAUUUAAGAAGCUCUUUUGAUCAUGCAGUAAGAAAUAGUUUGAACAAUUCGAGCCAUCCAGGCACUCCAAAUCAAGAACAAAACCAAAACAUCUUAUACAUACAAAAAGAGCCUCAAAAUUCAAAAAACACUAAAAGGGGGCAAGAUAAAAAUACAUGA